AUGAGUGUCACAGUGAAGCAGAAGAAAAACCUUCCUCUUCUACCAAGUAGACUGAGGAAGAUGGGCGAUACCAUCUUGCCCCACACGAAGGGACAGCUGAGUGCACGACCUGCGGAUUCAUUCAAAUCACAGAAAAUCCGUGGCGAACACGUGACACUACUGCUGACAUUCCUUCAAGAAUCUUUUGAUCUUGCGCCUACCACCACCCCGGCAGACAUGGUCUGUAAACUGAGACUGAAGAUGUCCUCUACAGACAACAAGAUCAAGAGAAUGGCAGAGCAACUUAAGGAGCUCAACCUUGGUUCCGAGGUCAAUUCUGUCAGGACUGCACGAGCCUUCAAGAAGUACAUUAGAUCCUCAAAAGAGCAUACCGCUUACCUUGAGAAAACCAUCAAGGGUAAUGAGGCACUCUUGAAGGCCUGCAAAGAGAUCGCUGGAGUAUCCGGUCACCAUGCUCCUGCUGGCCUAGCUAACUAUUUCAGCUCCACAUGGAGCCGACAGCGCCACGUCAUCUCAAAGCUCAACAACACCAUCCAGGACUUCAAAGACUCCAAAGCUGACCUAGAAGAGUCUAUCCUGAAUGUCCAAGAUCUUGAGAGGACGAAGACCAAUCGUAUCGUCGAACUUGAGAAUGAACUGGACGAUCUCAAGACCAGGAACAACUAUCUGGCCCUUGACCUGAAGCAAGCCCAAAAAGAGCGCAAUUCAGCCACCAAACUUGUCAGUGACCUAGAGCACAAGAUCCGUGAUCUUCAAAUUGGCAAUGACAGGAAGGUGCUUCAAACUGAGUGUUUGCUUCAGCGCUACGAGGAAGCCGGAGAGGUUGUAUUGAACCUUCAAUCUGAAUUGGAUGAUACCAAACAACUCAACCAGUUUCUCAAUUUACAGAUCAAGGCCCUAGAUAAUGCUAAGGUCGAUGAUGAUGCCAAUUGGGAGCAAGAGAGGAAGGAACUGGACUCAAAGAUUGAGAAUCUACAAACUAGCGAGCCCAAGAAAGACAAUCAGAUCUUGGAGCUGGAGAAAGAAAUCGCCGUCUUGCAGAAACAGAAACAAGAAUUGGAGACAAACCUUGAGGCGCAUGAUCGAACAGAGAGCAGGGGCGACAGCCUUGUUUUGACCUUGCAAAGGAAAUUCUCUGACUUGGAGCAGGAGAAGCAAGAUCUGACUUCAAAACUCCAGCGCAUGCACCAAGAGAAAGAUGAUCUGAUCUCACAGCAUGAAGCAGCUAUAACUCGGGUUAAGAAGGAGAAAGAUGAUCUGAUCUCACAGCAUGAAAUAGCUAUAACUCUGGUUAAGAAGGAGAAAGGAAACCUAGCCAUACUACAUCAGGGUUUGAUAGAUGAACGUCAGGAAUCCAUCACUCUGAUCCAGCGAUGUUCCGAUGAGCAUGAGUGCUCGGAUCUUCUUUUAAGAAGAACUACAGAAAGAUUGCAGUCCGCACUGCGAGAGAAAGAGAUCCUUCUGACAGAAAACAUCGGUCAUGCCAAUGAGGUUUCUCACCUGAAGUCAAAGCUAAAACAUCUAAAGUCCAAACUAAAGGAAAAAAAGGAGAAACACCGCGUGAAGACCCAGCAUACCUCUCGCAAGGAGAAGGUGGUCAACGUAGUCGUGGUCCAAGAAGACAACGAGGAAAAGAUAACAGCCAUGACUCAAGAUGCUGAGAAGCUGCGAGGAAAGAUCGCUCACUUGAAAACCAAAAUGGCCGACAUCUACACAGAACUCGAGCAGAGUCAACAAGAUUGUCAGGGGGCGGAGGAAAGGUUGUCCAAAGCUACCCAGCAACUCAAGGAGUUCGAAAGUCGGAUGGAAGUGAGAAAGAAAGAAAAGGACAAACUUUCUUCUAAAAUUAAAAACAUCCAGAAGGAUAAGAAGGAACUGGACAAUCAAUUAACAGCUGUGAAUGAAGAGAAAGAACAUUUCCAAUCUCGCGCUGACAGAAUGGAAGAGGGGAGAGAUGAUUUGUCGGCUCAGCUCAGUGAGACUCGCAAACAAUACCAGGAAUUGGACGAGGGAUUCGCGGCUGUGUAUGCGGAGAAACAAGAACUGAAAGUUCGUACUAUCUGCUUGGAGAAUGAGAAAGACGAACUUUCAGCUCAGCUCAGUAAAUGUCUCCAGCAAUAUCAGGAACUGGACAAUCAAUUAACAGCUGUGAAUGAAGAGAAAGAACAUUUCCAAUCUCGCGCUGACAGAAUGGAAGAGGGGAGAGAUGAUUUGUCGGCUCAGCUCAGUGAGACUCGCAAACAAUACCAGGAAUUGGACGAGGGAUUCGCGGCUGUGUAUGCGGAGAAACAAGAACUGCAAGUUCGUACUAUCAGCUUGGAGCAAGAAAAAGACGAACUUUCAGCUCAGCACAGUAAAGGUCUCCAGCAAUAUCAGUGUAAGUGUAUAGUUCGCCGGUUCUCCGCCUCCUAA